CGGCGAGGAGAACCGAGGAGAACCGAGCGAGGAGGCCGGGCCGGCGGGAGAGGCCGAGCAGGUCAGCGAGGGAGCACUUUAAGAUCCGGGAUGCCCUACAAGCUGAAGAAAGAGAAGGAGCCUCCAAAAUCUGCUAAAAGCACUACAAAAGCCAGUAGCAGCAGCGGCAGUGGUGGCGGCAGUGGUGGCAGCGGGAAGGAUGGUGGCACAGAGAAUUCAGAAGAGGUCCAGCAGCAGCAGCAGCAACAGCAGCAGCAGCAACAGCAGCAGACCUCAAACAAGCGUCCAAGCAACAGCACCCCUCCGCCAACCCAGUUGAAUAAGAUCAAGUAUUCAGGGGGACCCCAGAUUGUAAAGAAAGAGCGACGACAGAGCUCCUCUCGUUUCAACCUAAGCAAAAACCGGGAGCUUCAAAAGCUCCCUGCACUUAAAGAUGCACCUCCUCAUGAACGCGAAGAACUGUUCAUACAGAAGUUGCGGCAGUGCUGUGUCCUCUUUGACUUUGUCUCUGAUCCACUCAGUGACUUGAAGUUCAAAGAGGUAAAGCGAGCGGGUCUCAAUGAAAUGGUGGAGUACAUCACGCACAACCGGGAUGUAGUCACGGAGGCUAUUUACCCAGAAGCAGUCAUCAUGUUUUCAGUGAAUCUCUUUCGGACGCUUCCCCCAUCAUCCAAUCCUACUGGAGCAGAGUUUGAUCCUGAGGAAGAUGAACCUACGCUAGAAGCUGCUUGGCCACACCUUCAGCUUGUAUACGAAUUCUUUCUGAGGUUCCUGGAGUCACCAGACUUCCAGCCAAAUACAGCCAAGAAAUAUAUUGACCAGAAGUUUGUAUUGUCGCUGCUGGACCUGUUUGAUAGUGAAGAUCCCAGAGAACGGGACUUUCUGAAGACCAUUUUGCAUAGGAUUUAUGGGAAGUUCUUGGGCCUGCGAGCAUAUAUACGGCGGCAGAUCAACAACAUAUUUUACAGGUUUAUCUAUGAAACAGAGCACCAUAAUGGGAUUGCAGAACUGUUAGAGAUUUUAGGGAGUAUUAUCAAUGGAUUUGCUUUGCCCCUGAAAGAAGAGCACAAGAUGUUUCUCAUCCGGGUCUUGCUGCCAUUGCACAAAGUGAAAUCUCUGAGUGUCUAUCACCCUCAGUUGGCAUAUUGUGUUGUGCAGUUCUUGGAGAAAGAUAGCAGCCUGACAGAACCAGUGAUUGUGGGUUUGUUGAAGUUUUGGCCAAAAACACACAGUCCUAAGGAGGUUAUGUUCCUGAAUGAGCUGGAAGAAAUACUGGAUGUCAUUGAGCCCUCUGAGUUUGUGAAGGUUAUGGAACCUCUGUUUAGGCAGCUGGCAAAGUGUGUCUCCAGCCCACACUUCCAGGUGGCAGAGAGGGCGUUGUAUUAUUGGAACAAUGAAUACAUCAUGAGUUUGAUCAGUGACAAUGCCGCCAAAAUACUUCCUAUCAUGUUUCCAGCACUCUACAAGAAUUCCAAGAGUCAUUGGAACAAGACAAUCCAUGGGUUGAUCUAUAAUGCACUGAAGCUGUUCAUGGAAAUGAACCAGAAGUUGUUUGAUGACUGCACACAGCAGUACAAGGCAGAGAAACAAAAAGGGCGAUUCAGGUUGAAGGAACGAGAAGAAAUGUGGCACAAAAUCGAAGAAUUAGCCCGCCAAAAUCCUCAGUACCCCAUGUAUUGCGCUCCCCCACCUUUGCCUCCUGUUUAUUGCAUGGAGACGGAGACCCCCACUGCAGAGGACAUACAACUACUGAAGAAAACGAUGGAAACAGAGGCUGUGCAGGUGCUGAAAGACAUGAAGAAGGAGAAGGUUUUGCUACGCCGGAAAUCGGAGCUUCCUCAGGAUGUCUACACCAUAAAGGCCCUGGAAGCGCACAAGAGAGCGGAAGAAUUUCUCACCUCAAGCCAGGAGGCGCUCUGACGGGCUAGGGAGCCCCUGGAGGGUACACAGAAAUGCACUUUGUUCUAAUGUAUAACUAGGGAAUGAACAUGGUGAGCUGUGCCUGUCCUCCGCUCCAUUCUCAUUCUUUCAGGUUAGAUUUGAUUUUACAUUGUACCUCAUAGCCCACCACACUGUCACUUCCUCCUGCUUUAUCCUCUUAAGGCUGUGUUUUGUGUGCACGUGUGAAGGAGCCUAGCCAAUCCAUGAGAGCAUCAUUCCACACGUGGGGAUCCGCCCAGUUCCUGCUGUGUGCGUGCGCGUUUUUAUCUACUCCAGUCCCAGGACCAAACCAUUGAGAGCUCAACCACUUAUCAGCCAUACGUGACACAACAGUUUCACUAGAGCAUUUCAGCACUUCUUUUACCCCCUUUUACCCCACUGUGCACAACCACGCGAUGUGUGUAACAGAAGCUUUACAUGAAAUUGGCCGAGCAAGUUGAUGCAGGCCAUUUUCUAAGGUUUAAGGCAGGCUUGUUCCUUGGGGACCAGGCUAGAUUUGGGAACAAUGUAUUGCCUGCCUUCCCUCCCCUCCCCACAGAAUGAAUGAAUUCGACUUGUUUCGAUCAAUGUAAAUAAAGGGCAGUCAUUUGCACUGUCCCCUCAAUCUUGUGGUCAGUGACAGCCAUAUGUGGUUCUAGGUGCAUUGGUUUGGGCAGUGCUUUCAGCUCUGUGGUGGUCUUCAUCUUCCUUGAUGCAGAUGAGCAGUACCUUUCUGUAGAUGGUAGCUAAUAAUGCAGCUGCUGAAUGAGCCUUCCUUAAUGGUCUGGUUCUCUCUCUCUCUCAGCUAGAAUUGGUGCAAGUGUGGAUGUCUGAAGCGGACUCUCUUAUUUAUACUAAGCUUCCUUUCAGCUGUGAGUCUUUAAACUCUGAAGAAUGACUGCUUAACAGCAAAACUUAUUAAACACUAUUACAAAUGGAUUUAAGCAUUUUGCAUACUGGGAGCAAGGGAAAAAAACUAGGCCAGGCUUCCACAACCUGGUGUAUUCCCAAUGUUCCCAUCAGUCCUGGCCAGCAUGAUCAGUGAUCAGGGAUGCUGGGAGUUGUAGUUCAGAACUCUGGAGAGGACCAGUUGGGAAUGACUGAUCUAGCCAGCAGUAGUCCUUUGUUACGGGUAAGGUCUUACUGUAGUCAUGUUCAUUUUGGCUGUUUUAAUCAGGGAAUGAGAAGUAACAGAGGCUCCUUUUAGGAAGUACACAUCAGACUGCUUUCCUCGAGCUAGUAAUUGGGAGAGUUGUUUAAUGUGCUGUCAUUGCUCACAGGCUGCAGAUUAAAUUCCUGGACCAUGGAACAUAACUAAAGGGUGUUCAUGUGUAAUCAGUUUCAUACUGACAAGAUCCUUCAGUUUAACUUUGGGAGAUCCUGCCUGUAGAUCCUCCAAUUUAGCUUUGGGAGUCCUGUCUACAGAAGCUCGUCAGUGUCUAGUUCCAAGCUCUUUAUUGCAAGCCUAAAUGCGCUUAUUUGGAAGUAGAUGCCAUUGAAAUUAAUUGAUCAUCAGAGAAAGCAUAAUCUAGGGUCAAACUGUGUGCCUGCAUAACACCCUUGCCCUUGUUCAACCCUUCAUACCACCUAACUCCUUUGUUUAUUUACCUCCCCUACACCCAUUUUAUUUUUUAUUCCUUCUGUACCUUGGGCAAUUGCAGUUCCCUGCAAUCUAAUUUUUUAGUUGCCUUAAGGAUACCCUACUCUUGGUUCACCUGCUCAGUGGUCCUUUUAGCCCUUAGCAGGCUAAUCAGUUACCACUGGGCAGGUGGGAAUUUGUGAGUUAUUCACACAGUGUUGCAUUCUUUGCCUGCAAAUCAUAGUUUACACAGGAAUGUACCUACUCGCUUUAAGCAGUAAGACAUGGCUGAUAAAUGGUUAUUAAUACAGCUAGUCCAUCGAUCUCAAGUUGGACCUACUACAAAACACUGACGUAUGGAAUGUUCCUAUUCAGUAGCCUCUUUAGGGUACUGCAUUCUGUUCCCUUCCCCACCCCAUUUUCUGCCCACCAACCCUAUCAGCAUUAUGUGGAUACUGACCACACCACAUCCUCAUUAGGCUGCUUUUGAGGUCCAACCUUAAAAGGGUUUUUAAACAGAUGUUUUGCGCUUUUGCAUACCCUGUCUUGUCCCUGGAGGGCGCCAUCUGGCUACAUAAGACUGACACUCAGAACCGAAAUUGCUAUUUGUUUACAUCAGGGAUGAGCAGCGUCUGGCCCUCACAAUGCUUUGGCUUAUGACUCCAUCAUCCCUUAUCAUUGACUAUGCUGGCUAGUAAUGGUGGGAAUCAUGGGCCAAAACAUCAGGAAAGCCACAAGCUGCCCAGUCCUGGUGUACACGAUGAUACUAAACCUCCAUCAUCUCCUGCCAAAAUAUUUUAAAUACUUGUUGAUGAAGACACACUGUCUAGUGAAGUGUAACUCAUGUGAUUAACACCCUUUCAAGGCUAGCUAAACCUUUUGCCAUGCACCACUUGAAGCAACAAAUGAGCAAUUAAAAGCACCCAUAAUAUAGAAGGGGGAGUUAUGCUUGCUUUCCACUGUAUGCUUUUCAAUUCAAUGGUAGCAUCAAACAGGUAUCAGGUCUGGAUAACCUGCAUGUUUGACCACUUGUCUUCAAGUGUGGUGUAACUAUUACAGGGAAGAAAUGGACUUGGAAUUUCUCUACACUGAAGUGCAAUUCAUGUUUUCUCUUUGCCCCACCCACCCGCCAAGGCUGGGCUCUGCAAACAAGGAGGACUAUAGGAAAUCUCUCCCCCUUCCAUUCCCACAUGUACGCAACACGGCACUUCUCUGCCUGUCAUAAUUUUGCAGGGGCAGAGCAGGGCUGUUAAUAAGCAACAUGUGCUGUACGGCUUAGAUGUAAAUAUAGCCUCUGUCUAAUCUUUGUUUGGGGUCAGGGAACUUGUGUUUGGUACCUAACAUUAAAGUUUAGUUUGCUGCCAAUUCA